UAUACAUAAUGUAAUAAAGAAAGGUACUAUCAUUAUCCAUCUAGGUAAUGAAAAGAUAAUACAAUAAAACGAUAGAUAUACAUAAACGAAUCAUUAUAAAUAUAUAUAUGUACAUGUAAUGUUCUUCUUAUUUUUCAACUAUUUCAUAUACAGAAUAAACAAACUAAUAAUGUUUAGUUUUAAAAAAAAAUGAUGUAAUUCACGUGGUUUCAUCAUAAUCUAUUGAACUUAUUAAUUAGAUUGUCAUGUUAUUCAUCACUGAAACACAAGACUCUUGUCAUCAUCAUCAUCAUCGUCAUCAUCAUCACCAUGAUCGUCAUCAUGAUUAUGAUCAUCAUUGAAAAUCAUUUCUUUCACAUAUAUUUUUCAUUUAGUUUUGACUGGAUACUAUACUUUCAACCACACAAACACACACUCACACACACACAGGCAAACACAUACAGAUUGGCGCAUCCUUAUACACAAUAGCCCAUUUAAAGAAAGUUUCUACAUAAUAUUCAUUCAUUCAUCUAUUCACUUCAUUCAUAUUAGAAUGAAGUGGAAUUUUUUUCAUAAGAAAUAUGAUACUACUAAUAAUCAUAAUUCAUCGACAACAACACGUACAAUAUAUGCUCAUCAUUAUAAAAAUUUAAAUGGUGAUUUAUAUUAUCAUAAUUAUUGUAAUAAUUAUAUUCAUUCAACACAUUAUAAAUGGUAUAAUUUUUUUUAUAAAAAUAUUUAUGAACAAUUUCAUAAUAUUGCAAAUAUUUAUUUUUUAUUAAUUAUUAUUACUUAUUUUUUUAUAAAUAAUAUAGAAAAUGCUUCCAUUACUAUUAUACCAUUAAUUAUUAUUCUAUUAAUUACAAUGAUUAAAGAUGGUUUAGAUGAUUUAUUACGUUAUUCUAUUGAUCAACAAUUAAAUUCAAUUAAAUAUCCAGUAUUAUUAAUUGAUUUUGAUCAAAAAUCAAUAAAUUGGAUUUUUAAAAAAUCUUCCUUAUUAUUAGUUGGUGAUGUAAUUUAUUGUAAAAAUAAUCAAUUAUUUCCAUGUGAUUUAUUAUUAUUAUAUUCAUCAAAUAAUAAUGGACAAGUUAAUAUUACUACAAUGAAUUUAGAUGGUGAAACAACAAUUAAAAAAUAUUAUACAUUAAUUGAAUAUCAAACAAUUUAUUCAAAUUAUUUAAAUAAUUAUUUAAUUCAAACAAAUUUAAAACAAUUCAAUUUUCAAUUUAUUAUUGAACAAUUAUAUUUACAUGUUAUAUGUCAACAACCGAAUGAGAAUUUGAUGAGCUUUCAAGGUCAUUACAAAACUGCUCAACAUUUAAAACAUCAUCAUCAUGAUGAUGAAGAUGAAGAUGGUGGUGGUGGUGAUGAAACAUAUUUACCAUUAAAUUGGAAAAAUUUAGUAUUACGUGGAUCAAAAUUAAUAUCUACAGAUUAUAUAAUUGGUUUAGUAAUAUAUACUGGUAAAGAUACAAAAUUAUCAUUAAAUAGUAAAAAUUCAAAAAGAAAAUAUAGUACACGUGAAAGAUUAUCUAAUAUUAUAUUAUUAAUAUUUAUGGUUGCCAUGGUAACUAUCACAUUAAUUGUUACUAUGAUAUCAACAUUAUGGAUAAAACAAAAUAUUAAUAAAAUAUGGUAUAUAACAUUUGAAUUAUUAAAAUUAUGGGAAUUUAUACGUAUUAUAUUUCGUUAUUUAUUUAUUAUUAAUUAUUUAAUACCAAUAUCUAUUAUAGUUACUAUAGAAUUUCAACAAUUAUUAUUAGCAUAUUUUAUAUCUAAUGAUAUUGUUAUGUAUAAUUCUAUAGAAAAUAUUAAAAGUUCUGCAAAUAAUUCACAAUUAUCAGAUGAAUUAGGACAAAUUGAAUUUUUAUUUUGUGAUAAAACUGGUACAUUAACACAAAAUUUAAUGAAAUUAAAAUCAUGUUGUUUAUUAUUUAAUAAACAAUUAUAUCAAUUUUAUAAUGAUGAUCAGGAUCAGGAUCAGGAUCAGGAUCAAGAUCAAAAUGAUAAUCAUGAUAAUACUACUGAUAAUACUACUUAUAAUGUAUUGAAUUCAUCUUUGAAAUUAAUAGAGAUGAAUGAGAAUUUUCGUGAAUUUUUAACUAUCAUAUCAUUAUGUCAUACUGUUGAAUUAAAAAAUCAUACUCAAAUGGUUAGUAAUGAUAAUAAUGAUAAUAAUAAUGUACAAGAAUCAUCAAUGAAUACUGAUGAACCAUCUAGAUUUUAUGAAUAUGAAGCAACAUCACCUGAUGAGAAAGCAUUAGUUGAAGGUGCUUCAAAACUUGGUGUUGUAUUUUCAGGCAAAGAACCUGAUUUCGAUGAGACUGGUUCAUAUAAAUUAUAUAUUGAUUAUUGGUCAUAUUCAUCAACAGCAAUAAAAGAGUCAAAUAAUGAAAAGUUUAUUCAUCGUCAAUGUUAUAUUGUUGAUGCCGUAUUGGAAUUUGAUCCAACACGUAAACGUAUGAGUAUUAUGGUACGUUAUCCUGAUGGAACAUAUUAUGUAUUGAGUAAAGGAGCAGAAACUGCAAUGUUAGAUCCUGAGAGAUGCAGUACUACAUCUGGUUAUCUACGUUCACGUGCUAUUCAUUAUGUUAAUGAAUAUGCAAUUCAUGGUUUACGUACACUUGUAUUCGCUAAACGUAUAUUACAUAAAUCUAUUUAUAUGAAAUUAUUAGAACAAUUCAAAUAUGCCUCUAGUCUAUGCGAUAAUGAACGUAUUCAUGCAUUAAAACAAUGUUAUAAUGAAAUUGAAUUAGAUAUGAUUCCAAUAUAUGUUACUGGUAUAGAAGAUAAAUUACAACCUGGUGUAAAAAAUUGUAUAAAAGCUUUAAAAGAAGCUGGAAUACAAAUAUGGAUAUUAACUGGUGAUAAAGCUGAAACAGCAAUUACAGUAAGUCAAUCUAUUGGACAUUUUACAUCGAAUAUGUCAUUAAUAAGAAUAAUGAAUUGUCAAACAUUACAAUCAACAGCAUAUAAAAUUUAUGAACAAUUAGAUGCAUUAUAUACAUAUCAUAAUUAUCAUAAACAAAAACCUAAUCAUCAUUCUAUAUUAACAAUGCCAAGAAUUAAAACAAUAAAUUAUAAUAGAAAUUCAUUUCAUAUAUCCUCCGCCUCCGCCUCCUCCUCCUCCUCAUCAUCAUCAUCAUCCACUUCAAGACCAUCUUCAUGUAUGGAUGGACAAUACAAUAAUAAUAAUAAUAAUACCAUUAGUAAUAGUAAUGGUAAUAAUAAUGAUGUUUAUUAUUAUGGUACAAAUGAAUUCAUCUUCAAUAAGAAAGAUUGUAUCAUUAGUCGAUAUAUAAGACGAAAGCAUAAAAAGCAUCCUGGUAUGGCAAAUGAAUCAAUUGGUCUUGUUAUUGAUGGAAAAAGUUUACAAUAUGCAUUACAUACUUCAGUACGUGAUGCAUUUCUAGAAUUAUGCAUGAAUGUUACAACAGUGUUAUGUUGUCGUAUGACACCACUACAAAAAGCAUCUCUUGUUAAAUUAGUUCAAAUUGGUUUAGCAAAACAUACACGUUAUGGCAUGAAACCAGUUAUAGCUGCAGUUGGUGAUGGUGGUAAUGAUGUAGCUAUGAUUUUACAAGCUAAUAUUGGUGUUGGAGUCUAUGGAAAAGAAGGUCGUGAAGCAGUUAGAGCGGCGGAUUAUUCAGUGACACAGUUCAGUUUAGGUUAUGGAAUGUUUGAACGUCAUAUUAAAGAAAAAAUUUUAUUAAAUAAACCAUAUUUAUAUAAAGAAAUAUCACAUCAAGCAAAUUUAAGAGCAUGGUAUAUUCUUUUAUGGGUUCUCGAUGGUAUAUGGCAUGGUGUUGUAACAUUUUUUAUACCAUUUUUUUGCUUAGCUGGUGGUAAUUUAUAUGCUGAAGCUAUUUUCUAUGAAACUAAUAAUAAUUCAUAUAAAAUUUAUGAUUUUACAAUGAUUGGUAAUGCAUCAUUUAUUUAUUUAUGGAUUGCUGUAACAUUACGUUCAACAAUAUGGACAAGAGAUUUUAAUCUGAUGUUAAUUAUGUGUCAUAUUGGUACAACAUUAAAUGUUGUCAUUUUAUUCCUUUUUCAAACAUUUGUUCCUUCUACAAGUAAUGAAUAUCAAAGAUAUGCUCAAUUAUGUCGAAGUCCUGCAUUUUGGUUCACAUUCCCAUUAACUGUUUUUAUAGCCAAUAUUCCAGGAUUAAUUUGGCGUUUAGCUUCAGAUACAUGGUGGACUAUACGUAUUGAAUUGAAAAAUUCACCUAAAAAAAAUCAGCGUAAAUCUUAUUUAAAUAAUCCAUUAGUUUGGUUGAAAGCAUUCGUUUUUGGUCAAACAGAAGAAAAUGAAUCAAUCCUUCAGAAAAAUGAAAAUGAAAUAAGCACUUUUAAAGAACAAAUAAACCUUAGUUAUCAGUCAUAAAACAUGUUAUUGUUACUAUGUGUAUCCCUUGGAUACAAAGAAUAAUUAGUUUAUCUUGUGAAUUUUUGCAAAACAUGCAAACUGUUUCAUUUAAAGAAAAGAUUCAUAAUCUUGAUCUAUUUCGUUUUGUAACUAAAUACUAUGAAUAUACUUUAAUUUCUUCAUCAAGUGCAAUAAUAUAAAGGCACAUUGUAAUAUAAAUUUCAGUUAAACUAUUUACCUACUCAUGAGUAAGCAAACUUUUAUAGAAAAAUUAUUUGUUGCCUACCUUGAUUAUUAUUAUUAAAACCUGUUGUGUACAAUGUGAUUAAUUUGAUGAAUCAUCCCUGUACCUUUGAUAAAUUACACAAAGUGUGUGUGCUUUUCUAAGACGGUUAACAUUUACCUAUACAUAAUAAGUGUACAAAAUAUACUGCAUGCAUUGCUUGAAUAUGAAUGAUUUUGUUUGUAUUGUGUUAUGAUGUACCAAAUUUCAACAAUUUCAUGACAGUCACAUAUUGAUACGAUUAUUAUUGUCAGCUGAUUUUGAUAAUGUUUACCUGGCUUCAAAAGAAAAAAAAGACUAACUCAGAAUGAAACGUUGAUCCAUUUUCAAAAUAGCUGACUGAUAACAAUUUUAUUUUUGUUUUAAAUCAUGUGCUCUACAAAGUUAUCUUUAUCACAAUGAUGUAUGUGUGACUGAGAUACAUUUCAUUUCUAACUAUAUUCAAUGAGAUAA